CGUAAUCUUUUUCUCUCUCCGACCCAUAUCUCGCGCUCCUCUGUUUCUCUCUCAUCUCUCUCAUCGAGACUUGGUAAACUCAGAAAUAUCGAAGAAACUUCCUCUUCAACCCAACCCCAUAUCGCAUUUUAAUUUAUUUUAUUACAAAACGAACCCCCAGAAAUCUAUCAACGUAUCUGUUGGUUGUAUGGUUCUUGUGCAUCAUCGCAGACUUCACACCUUGUUCAACAUCUGUUCUUUGGUUCGCCUUCAGCAUUCUGAAUCAAUUUAAAGAAGCUCUUUUUUUUUAUUUAUGGAGUUGAAGAUGUCCCCUUAUUUAAUGAGAGUUUAAAGGUUGAUGCUGCAUUUUUGAACUCCUUCAAGCAUAAUCUAUAUAACAAUGAAUCCUCGACCUGAGAAGUUUGUGAGGUUUCAGGAUUUGAGAUCAGAAAAUAGCAGCAGUGGAGGUUCUUCACGGAGAUUGAAAACAGCAUUGGGUUCAGUUUCUCAGAUGUUCCGGAAAGGUCUAGAACAUGGUUCGGGAGGGAUUAAAAGCCUGAAACGAUCAAUGGAAUCCCAUUCCUUCAACAGAAUCAUGAGUAGAGGCCUUGGUUCUUGGAAGAAUACACUUAACCCUCAAGGGAAAUUCCUUCAGAAGUGGAACAAAAUAUUUGUGUUGUCAUGUGUGAUUGCUGUUUCUGUAGAUCCAUUAUUCUUUUAUAUUCCUAUAGUUAUAGAUGACAAGAAGUGUCUUGAUCUGGACAAGAAGUUGCAGAUCACAGCCAGUGUGUUGCGGUCCUUCACUGACAUCUUCUACAUCGUUCAUAUCAUGUUUCAGUUUCGUACUGGUUUUAUAGCUCCUUCUUCACGGGUAUUUGGUAGGGGUGUUCUUGUUGAAAAUUCUUGGGAGAUUGCAAAGAGAUACAUGUCUUCUUACUUUCUGGUUGACAUUCUAGCGGUUCUUCCAUUGCCACAGAUUGUGAUUUGGUUGGUUAUACCGAAGAUGCAUGGGUCAAGAUCUUUGAAUACAAAAAACAUGUUGAAGUUUGUUGUUGUGUUCCAGUAUAUCCCCAGGAUGCUUCGAAUCUAUCCACUUUAUAAAGAGGUCACAAGAACUUCUGGCAUACUUACUGAAACCGCAUGGGCUGGAGCUGCUUUCAAUCUCUUGCUUUACAUGCUCGCUAGUCAUGUAUUCGGGGCAUUUUGGUAUUUGUUUUCUGUUGAACGUGAAACAACCUGCUGGGAAGAGGCGUGUAAAAAUACAACCGGGAAAAAUAUAACAAAUUGUUCCCGUUCUUGGUUUUCUUGUGGUAAUCAAUCACAUCCUGUUGAGUAUUUGAAUUCAAGCUGCCCCAUAACAGAAAUGGAAAACCCUCCUUAUGAUUUUGGAAUCUUUCUUCCUGCCCUUCAAUCUGGUGUUGUCAACUCACUUGAUUUUCCACAGAAGUUUUUUUACUGUUUCUGGUGGGGUCUGCAAAAUCUUAGUUCUCUCGGUCAAAACCUUCAAACGAGUACCUUUGUGUGGGAAAUUUGCUUUGCGGUGUUCAUUUCUAUAUCUGGUUUGGUAUUAUUCUCGUUUCUCAUCGGAAACAUGCAGACAUACCUGCAAUCUACAACAAUAAGAUUGGAGGAGAUGAGGGUGAAAAGACGAGAUGCAGAGCAAUGGAUGUCCCACCGGUUGCUUCCAGAACCUCUCAAGGAACGAAUCAGAAGAUACGAACAAUAUAAAUGGCAGGAAACGAGAGGCGUUGAUGAAGAUAAUUUGAUCCGGAACCUUCCCAAGGACCUUAGAAGGGAUAUAAAGCGUCAUCUUUGUUUGAAACUGCUAAAAAGGGUGCCAAUGUUUGAAAAAAUGGAUGAUCAGUUGAUGGAUGCGAUGUGUGACCGUUUGAAACCGGUUUUGUAUACGGAAGAUAGUUAUAUUGUGAGGGAAGGGGACCCGGUUGAUGAGAUGCUGUUUGUGAUGCGUGGGAAGUUAUUGACAGUUACAACAAACGGUGGUAGGACCGGUUUCUUCAACUCUGAUUAUCUGAGAGCGGGUGAUUUUUGUGGUGAAGAGCUGCUGACAUGGGCCUUGGAUCCCCAUACAUCAUCAAACCUCCCCAUUUCCACAAGAACAGUCCAAGCACUUGAAGAAGUCGAGGCCUUUGCUCUCAUGGCAGAUGACCUUAAAUUUGUAGCUUCUCAGUUCAGGAGACUUCACAGUAAGCAGCUACGCCACACUUUCAGAUUUUACUCCCAGCAAUGGCGGACGUGGGCCGCUUGUUUCAUACAGGCGGCAUGGCGGCGGCGUUGCAGGAAGAAAAUGGAAGAUUCCCUCCGGGAAGAAGAGGAUAGGCUGCAGAACGCCUUGACUGGAGGUGGUGGGAGUGGGAGUUCGCCCAGUUUGGGUGCUACAAUCUAUGCAUCAAGAUUUGCAGCCAAUGCCCUUCGUGCUUUAAGGCGGAAUGGUGCAAGGAAAGCAAGGAUUCCUGACAAGUUGCCUCCAUUGAUGCUUCAGAAGCCUGCAGAGCCUGAUUUCACUUCCGAAGAUAAAUGAUAUAUGUUACUCAUGUGCUUUUUUUUUUCUUUUAAAUUUAUUAUAGCCUUUAUCUUUUUUAGGGCUUGUUUAUAGUGUAUGUUGUACAAUGACACAACUUCUUAAUAGCUAUUCCGAUUGUUGUAAAAGAUAAAAAGAUAAAAAUUAGUUAAAUGAUUCUUUAUUAUAGCCCUACC